GUAUGUACAGAAAUUCUAUAUUCUGAAAAUAUUUUCGUCGGAAUUCCAAGAAUUGGAAGUGACCUCGUGCUCCGUCCGUCAUGACAUGGCCAUGGUGAGCAGCCUGGCAGCCAUCAAAGACUCUCGGUGGCUCCAACUGGAGGUCUGCCGAGAGUUUCAAAGGAACAAGUGCUCCCGCUCCGAUACUGAUUGCAAAUUCGCCCAUCCCCCUUCCCAUGUAGAGGUCCAGAAUGGAAGGGUUAUUGCUUGCUAUGAUUCCAUCAAGGGAAGAUGUAACCGUGAAAAGCCACCGUGCAAAUAUUUUCACCCUCCACAACAUCUGAAAGAUCAGCUGCUCAUUAAUGGUCGUAAUCACCUUGCCCUGAAGAAUGCUCUGCUGCAGCAAAUUCCUCUACAGCCGCUUCUCACAGGCCAAUUGCCUACUGCAGUGGUAAGUGGUCUUCUGUACAGUCAGCUGGCACAACAGCAACAACUGCAGCAGCAACAACAGUGCGCUGCUGCACUGAAUCUGAUGAGUGCAAAUGCACUCAAGAUGAAUGGUUUUUUACAGGCUACAACUACACCAUAUUUACCAGCAAUGGCUGCAGCAUCUACCUUCAGCCCAUAUCUUGGGCACACUCCUAUGAUGACCGGCCUUAUGCCAGCAGAUGCACUCACUUCACCGUUGAGUUUAGUUCCCUCACCUUUGGUGACUGCUGCUCAGAAAUUACAAAGGACUGACAGAUUAGAGGUGUGUCGUGAGUUCCAACGUGGCAACUGCAAGCGCUCCGAGACAGAGUGUCGCUUCGCUCAUCCUCCUGAGCAUGUGACUGUGGACAGUAGUGAAGGCACAGUGACGGUGUGCAUGGAUUUUGUGAAGGGGCGCUGCACGCGAGACCAGUGCCGUUAUUUCCAUCCACCGGCCCAUUUGCAAGCGCAGCUGAAAGCCGCUCAGACUCGUGCCAGUGCGGCUGCAGUGCCGCACGUGGUCGAGACCUUGAUCGGCAAGAAGCGCCCUCGUGACCCUGCUGAUGACCUCAUUCUGACAUUUCCUGGAAUAGUUCCAUAUGCAAAACGAGCUGCUGUUGAUAAAAGUGGCCUCCCAGUUUAUCAGCCAACUGGUGCAGCUUAUCAGCAGGCACUUGCCAUGCAGGUCCAACAACCUUUUGUGCCUGUAACUUUUGCUGGACACCCUGCCACUGUGCCGAGAUUUUAAAUCCGGACUGUGUAAAAGGCCACAGUGUCGCUAUGUUCACCUUUUAGAAGAUUAUGUAGAGGUACUGGAUGGGAAAGUAACUGUUUGUCGAGAUGCUGUGAAAGGGAAAUGCAGUCGACCACUCUGCAAGUACUACCAUAUACCUCUACCAACUCCGUUCAUGAACAGCGUACUGUGACCAAGAAAA